UUUUUUAGCAGCCAUUUACCUUCGUUUAUUAAAGGCAUGCUCCGGGCAAUACUAUUAACUUCACAAACAGCCAUAGCUAAUCUGUUUUUAUCAUCCUUUUCGAUUUUCAUGGAUACAGAACAAAGUAUUUUAAGGGUACUGAUGUUUCCAUGGUUGGCUUAUGGUCACAUCUCUCCUUAUUUAACUGUUGCCAAGAAACUUGCAUGCAGGGGAUUCUAUGUAUAUCUCUGUUCUACGCCUGUGAAUCUCAAUUUUAUUAAGAAAAAAAUCCCUCAAAAAUACUCCUUUUCAAUUCAGUUGGUUGAAUUUCAUUUACCAGAUUUACCCGAGCUUCCUCCUAGUUACCAUACAACUAACGGCAUCCCACCCCAUCUAAAUUACACCCUAAAAAAAGCCCUCAAAAUGUCUAAACCUAAUUUUUACAAAAUCAUAGAAAAUUUAAAACCGAAUAUGUUAAUCUAUGAUAUAUUGCAGCCAUGGGCUAAGGAAGUUGCAAAUUCAUACAAUAUUCCAGCAGUCAUGCUCUUGACUUUUUCUGCGGCUAUGUUAUCAUACAUUUUUCAUCCAGUAAAAAAGCCGGGGACUGAAUUUCCUUUCCCAGCUCUUUAUUUGAGGGAAAUUGAGCGACAACGAAGGGAAGAAAUGAUGGAAAAAGCUGCUAAAGAGAAGGAUCCUGAUGAUAAGGACCCUUUCGCUGAAGAAGAAGAACCUAUGAAUAAGAUAAUACUGAUGAGUACCUCGAGGGCAACAGAAGCCAAAUACAUCGAUUACUUCACCGAGUUGAUCCAAUGGAAAAUUGCACCAGUUGGUCCUCCAGUCCAAGAAACAACAAAUGAAUAUGAUGGGGACCUAGAUGAUGAUCUCAUUGAUUGGCUAGGAAAGAAAUAUGAGAAUUCAACUGUAUUUGUCUCCUUUGGAAGCCAGUAUUUCUUGAGUAAAGAAGAUUUGGAAGAAAUAGCUUUAGGAUUGGAACUUAGCAAUGUUAACUUCAUAUGGGUUGUAAGAUUUCCAAAGGGUGAAGAAGUUAGAGUUGAAGAAGCACUACCAGAAGGUUUUCUUGAAAGAAUUGGAGAUAGGGGAAGGGUUGUGAAUGGAUGGGCACCACAACUAAGAAUUCUAAGUCAUCCCAGUACUGGAGGAUUUGUAAGUCAUUGUGGUUGGAAUUCUGUAAUGGAAAGUAUAGAUUUUGGUGUGCCUAUUAUAGCUUUGCCCAUGCAUCUUGAUCAGCCAAUAAAUGCUAGGCUGAUUGUGGAACUUGGAGUCGCAAUGGAGAUUGUUAGAGAUGAUGAAGGUAAAGUUCACAGAGGAGAGGUAGCACAAGUUGUUAAAAGUGUAAUUUACGAGAAAACAGGGGAAAAUCUAAGGAAUAAAGUUAGAGAAAUUAGUGAAAAUUUGAACCAGGAAAGAGAGGAAGAAAUGGAUGCAGCCGUUGGAGAGCUAGUACAACUUUGCAAAACUAGCAAGUCCAAUAAUAUGAUGUUGUAAUUCAUGAACAGAUAUUGUUUCUGAUUGCUUUCAAAAUAAUCAGGUUCGAAGGAUUACAUAACUAAAAUCUUUUGUCGUGGUUAUUUUUUUAUACUCUUACUAGUCACUGG